AUGACUGAACUGGCUAGUGAGCUAGAAAACACGCUGCCUACAACACAGGAGGACACUGUCGCUUCCACGAAAGAAGAGCCUGCGCCUCGCAAAGGGGCGUGGCUUCCCUUCAACAUUGAUUGCACGUCCCCCUUUUCGGAAACAUGGGGACAGUACCAACUCAAACCUGACAUGGUAAAAUGGCACCUAGCCAAAGAGGGCCGAAUUCAAGGAAAAUGGGUCCGUGCUUUGUGGGGAGGUGAAUUGUACCAAGAACGCCGCUCGUCUGGUACAGGUCGCGCUGAUGAUAUGAUUACAGCUGCCACACUGAAUCUUCCAUCCACUCUUCCUGUAUCCAAGUUUAUUGAGCAUUUCAAGAUCACAUGCAUGUCGUUGCGAUUCCGUCACCCAGUGCUUGCUCUCACCAUUGAAACCAACAUUUUCAACAUUCCUCUUCUGCCAUGCUAUUUGUACGACCCCGUCGCAUCGUUCACCGACGUAGAACAAUGGGCCAGCCGUGCGAUCUUUGUGCAUUCGCCAAAGACGGAGGAUGAAAAGGCGCAGUCCAUCGGUGAACGCGUUGAGUGCAUGCGCAACAAUAUCGGCAAAAAACCUUUGGAUGUUACCCAAUGUGCGCGUGAAUGGCACCUAGUGCUCUCCGAUCGCCCCGAGGAUGUGCAUAAGAUCGGUGUUCUCACAUACUGUUCGCACUCUAUUGCAGAUGCGCAUGGCGAAAUGAUUCUUUUGCGUCAACAAGUUGACUUGAUUGGACAGUUGGAACAAGCUCCCUUCCCGCUCCCAACAUCCCAUGCUCUUCAUCCCUCGCACGUGGAGUGGGGUAAAGAAGUAGAGAGGCUACCUGUGACACUCAUUGAGAUGCUGGGCGUGUCUGUGGAGGCCUUCAAUUUGGACGAUGCGAUCACGCGUCUCAUUUCAGUCUACAAAGGCAACUUCCUUCGCCUGGAACAAGGUCGGUCCAAAGCUGAUCCCAUCCUCGUGGAUACUAUGCACACCCACAUUGAUUUCAGUGAAGAAGAAAGCGAGGCUAUUCACAAAGUGGCUAAAGUGCAUGGCUGGUCUGUUACACAAUUGGUGGACGCAGCACGUCAUAUGGCGUACAUGGAAAUGCGUCGUGACUACAUUGAAGCCUGGCGCUUGCUCCCCAUGAAAGAGACUAUUCAUGCUGAUUUCCUUUUACCUGUGAAUACACGUGCUGAUAUGGUUAAGCCCUACAGCGAGUUGGAGUAUGGCUUUGUCGGGAACGCUACCGGUGGUUUCACGACAUCACUUCCUUUGAUGGACCCAUACUUUAUCUCUGCAGACAAGGAGAUGUCACUUACUGAAGAGAAACCUUUGCAUGAGUUAAGUCAAGUACGUGUACUUGCGUAUGUGACAGAACAACUGGCUAUGCAAUACCGUCAGCAAGUCAAGGAAAAUGUACUGCGUGCUACUUCUGUGACCCCCAUUGUUGUCAUGGGCGGUGGAUUUAGCCCUCUAUACCCAUGGCAGAAAGAAGCACCAGAAGGGUUUAGCUCUGUGGGUGUUGUGGAUCGCAUUCUGCCCGCUGACAUGUCGCUACCAGGCCACAAAGAACCGGUGCAUGUGGAUGACUGGUUUGUAGGUCUGACAAUGUCCCAACACUUGGCCAGUCUGCAGUUCUCCUUCCACGUUUGGACCCUGCAUAACAAACUGCAGCUCUCUGUCAUUCAUACCAACCGCAUGACAGCCGAGCGUACACUGAAAUUCCUUGAGAUCAUUCGCUCCACACUGAAGCUGUUUGUGAUGGCAUACGAACUCAAAGGUAGUCCCAUUGACACGCCUACGACACCUCCUACACCACCACCGCGUGGACCGCUCUUAUUCAACAUGCUUUCCUGGUGGAAUAGCUGGUUCAAGUGA